UUUAAAUUGUCAUCUCAUCACUGAAAAACGUCCACUAAUGUGUCUCAGUCCGAACAGUAAAUUUGCUUGGUGGCAAAGGCUUCCACAUCCCGGUAACCUUUUUUAUAAUUAUUAUUCAUCGUUAUUUCUUUCUGUUUAUUAUUAUUUUGUAUUACUGUUAUUAUUAUUAGUCAUCACACCUUGCUUUUUACCGACCACACACAAUCAGACAAAAUGCAAUUCUGCCAAGCCACAUUUCAAAAGCAAAAAAACCAUUUUCCAACUUUCUAUACAGUUUCCAUUUUUCACCUCAAAACACUUCUCUAUCUUCCUCUAUAUCCAUCUGAAAUUUGAUUGUUUUCCACCAUUCCAGCUCGAAUAUUUCUUGGGGUACAAAACUAUUUUGAGGCAGAUCCCAUGAGGAGUAGUAAAAAAGGAAGAAUUGUUCCAGAAGUUCUUGACAAAGAGAACUAUGUGGAUUGGAGUGUUAGGGUUCAUACCUAUUUGUUGGCUGAAGAUCUUUGGGAUAUUGUGGAGUCCAAUGAUGAACCUCCAAAACCAGCAGAUCAUGGAAAUGUUGAUGAAAAUAGUGACAGAGUAGGAGCUGAAUACAGAGCUUGGAGGAAGAAGAAUGCUGCUGCUCUCCAUGCCAUCCAGAUUUGUUGUGGGCCAGAUGCUUUUUCAGUGAUUAGAGAUAUCACUUCUGCCAAAAUUGCUUGGGAGACUUUGGCUUCCAAGUUCAAGCCACAGCUUCUCAGAGCCAAAACAAUGGUGAGCUCUGAAUCGUCAAGAAGUGAAGUGACUAUUUCAAGUGACGACUUCAAUCUAAACGAGCCCUUCUACAAUGCCGUAUGGAGUGGUGAUUGGCAGGCAACAAAUGAGUUCAUUGCCAGAAAUCCUGAUGUAGUUAGAGCAAGGAUUACAUAUUCAGGGAGGACAGCUCUUCAUGUUGCGGCCAUUAAUGGGGAUAUGAGCAUAGUGGAGACAUUGGUGGAUAAAAUGUCUGAAGAAGACUUGGAAAUAAAAGACAUAAAUGGUUUCACAGCUCUUGCAAUAGCAGCUACGUAUAAUGCAAGCAUUAAAAUAGCUGAAUGCAUGGUUAGAAAGAAUACCAAAAUCCUUAUCAUUCAUGUCAUAGACAUGCUUCCUGCUGCACUGGCUUUUCGUUAUGGUCAUAUGAAAAUGGGUCGGUAUCUUUAUACUGUUACACCGCUUGAUAAACUGGUAUUGCCACAGAAUGGCAUAGAUGGCGCUACGCUCAUUUGCAAUGCUAUAUAUAUGCAAAGUUUCGAUGUUGCUUGGGAACUGCUCAAGCAUUGCCCACGGUUGGCUGUUACUCCAGACCGCUUUGGGAUACCCCCCAUCUAUGCAUUGGCAAAUCUACCUUCUGCAUUUCUCAGUGGGUGCAGGCUCAGAUUUUGGCAAAAAUGGAUAUAUGACUGUAUUUACAUUGAUCCAGCUCGUGCCAUCAAUGAUAUCUGUAUAGAACUCAACAAUAUACGUCUGCUCACCUAUAACAUGAGUAUCAUCAGAUCUCCAGAGAAGGAUUCACAUCACAAAUUUUGGUCAUUCCGAGGAUUGGCAUUGAAAUCUCUUAAAAUGUUAGGGAUUAAGUUUUUAUAUGAUAUGAAAUUGGUCCAUGUUCAAACCUUUCAACUUCUACACCAAAUGUGUGCAAUGACAAGAAGUUUGGAUGAAAUCCAAAUGGAAGCUUGUUUUGUAUAUGGUGCUCUGUUUCGAGCUGUUGAUCGAGGGAAUGUCGAGUUUAUAAUAAGUUUGCUAACAGCAAAUCAAGAGCUGGUGGAGACCUGUGAUGAGUUGGGGAGGAACAUAUUUAUGCGUGCAAUCCUGUAUCGCCAAGCAAACGUUUUUAACCUUAUACAUAGAUUGGACUCAAAACUAGCAGCUGCAACCGCUGUAGAUAGGCAUGGAAACAACAUGUUGCAUAUGGCUGGAAUGUUGGCACCUUAUCCACAACUUAAUCAAAUUUCUGGAGCAGCUUUACAAAUGCAGAGGGAAUUACAAUGGUUUAAGGAGGUGGAGUCAAUUGUGCCUCCUUGGACUAUAGAGCACACAAACUCAAGUAUUUUGACACCAGCCCAAAUGUUUACUAGAGACCACAAGAAUUUGAGGACUGAGGGAGAAAAAUGGAUGAAAGGGACAGCAACUUCUUGUACAGUUGUGGGUACUCUCAUUGUUACCAUCAUGUUUGCUGCAGCUUUUACAGUUCCUGGAGGAAACAAUCAAGAUACUGGUGUGCCCAUAUUUUUGAAUAAAGAGCUGUUUAUGGUUUUCAUAAUAUCAGAUGCUAUUUCGCUUUUUUCCUCCACAACCUCAGUGUUAAUGUUUUUAGGCAUCCUUACCUCAAGAUAUGCAGAAGAGGAUUUCUUAAAAUCUUUGCCUAAGAAGAUGAUGAUUGGUCUUUCCACCCUCUUUUUCUCUAUUGUAACCAUGAUGAUAGCCUUUUGUGCUACAAUUCUUAUUGUGCUUAGAGACAGAUAUUCAUGGAUUUUCAUUCCUAUCAUUUCUCUUGCUAGCAUUCCAGUCACCUUGUUUGUAAUGAUGCAAUUUCCUCUUCUAGUUGAGAUUUUCGUUUCCACAUACGGAGCAGGCAUCUUUGACAGGAAUGUUCAGAUCUGGAAUUAGGAAUGUGUGUAUUAUGUAUCUUCGUUUGACAGAUUUCUUAAUUGUAACAACAUGAAUGGUAUAUGUAUUUAUUUUUUUC